AUGGAUCAUGCAAUAUUUGAAGAUCUUGAUGUUGUAAUUGUUGGUGGAGGCAUCUGUGGCCUUGCCACUGCCCUUGCUCUUCACAGGAAGGGAAUGAAGAGUGUAGUGAUGGAGAGAUCAGAAGAAGCAUUGAGAGCAACAGGAGGUGGAAUUGCAAUUCAGGCAAAUGGAUGGAGAGCUUUGGAUGAGCUUGGAGUUGCCUCGAAGGUCAGGCUAAAUACCUUCUUGAGAAGUAUGAAUAUUGGGAAAAUUCGUUGUGUAAAAAGAAGUGAUCUAAUUGAAGCUCUAGCUCAAGAUCUCCCACUUGGCACUAUAAGAUUUGGAUGCCAAAUUCUCUCUGUGAAAUUGGAUACAAACUCUUGUUUUACCAUUCUUCAUUUGAAUAAUGGUAAUACAAUUAGAGCCAAGGUGUUGAUUGGAUGCGAUGGUGCCAACUCUGUGGUUGCGGAUUUUCUUGAGUUGAAACCCAAGAAGCUUCACUCUUCAUGUGCAGUGAGAGGAUUUACAUAUUUCCCAAAUGGUCAUGGAUUUGCUCAUGAGCUAGUCCGAACAAGAAGAGAUAACACUUUGUUUGGAAUGGCUCCAGUCACUGAUAACCUAGCUUUCUGGUUCGUUGUUCACCAAUGGCAUCUUCAGGAUUCAAAGGUGUUCAAAGAUCAAGAGAUGAUCAAACAAAUGACUAUAGAGUCCGUCAAGGAUUUCUCUUUAGAAGAUAAACUGGUAAAAAAUUGUGACAUUUUUACCCUAACACUCACCCAUCUGAGAUAUCGUGCCCCAUGGGACAUAUUAUUAGGCCAAUUUCGGAGAGGAACCAUGACGGUAGCCGGAGAUUCGAUGCAUGUGAUGACUCCAUUCCUCGGCCAAGGUGGCUCAUCCGGUAUAGAAGAUGCAAUUGUGCUUGCUAGAUGCAUGACAAGAAAAAUAAUUCAAGCCAAUAAUGAUCGUAAAGAAUUCAAAGGUCAGAAGCUUAUUGAAGAAGCAAUGGAUGAAUAUGUGAAGGAAAGGAGAAUGAGAUUGGUUAAAUUAUCUACACAAGCUUAUCUUAUUGGUUCAUUAGUGGAUACUUCUGCAUUGCUUUUGAAGUUGAUAAUUUUUGUGCUUUUGGGUGCUUUUUUUAGGGACCAAUCUGGUCAUGCUCGAUAUAAUUGUGGCCAUCUUUGA